CAGGAUGCGGGCUUGCACAAGCCCCGCAGGGUGCCACCCACACGGUGCGACGCGCUCUGCUCAUGCUGCGGCCAAACCCUUCCGCUGCCAAGCGCAGCCCUGGGGGCUGGGGACCGCGCCAAGCCCUGCGGCUGGUGGCCUCUCCUGCGCGGCUUGAACAGCGGGCAGCACCCGCCCUCCCGCCGGCCGGAGCCAGCGCGCCCCGGGGCAGGCACAGGGGGCGCCGCGGGCCCUGCCUGGGAAGCCGCAGGGGUCACACUCAGGUGCGUCUCGCCUACAAAUCCCAGACACCUCCGCUCGCGGUCCCUUCGCCACCCCACGGCGGGGCUCGGCUCCCGCCCCAGCGGGGAGCGGCUGCCCAGCCGAGCGGCGCUCCCAGCCAGGUGCGGGGCAUGGCCGAGCCGGAGCCGGAGCCGGAGCCGAGCCGGGCGGCCCUGCUGGGCUUCCUGCGGGAGCAUGGCGGGCAGGUGCGGAGCGCGGAGCUGCGGGGCCGCUUCAAGCCGCUGCUGGAGGCCGGCGAGCCCGGGGAGCGAGCCGCCCGCCGCGAGCGCUUCAAGGCGCUGGUGAACAGCGUGGCCGUGGUGAAGGAGCUGGACGGGGCCAAGUUCGUGGUGCUGCGGAAGAAGCUCCGAGCCCAGGCUGGGGGGGAGCCGGGGGAGGGAGCGCAGCCCCCCGAGGAGCCUCCGGAGGGCGCAGGGCAGAGCGGGGCAGGCGGGCAGGGGCCGCCUCCGCCCCGCGCCCCCGAGCCGCCCCCUGCCCCGCUGGCAGCCGCGGAGAGCCCGUCCCUGAAGCCUGUGGCCGAGCUGAGGGGGCUGUUCCAGAGCCAGGACGGGGAGACGCCUGGGGUCCCCCCGGGGAUGGCCGGGGCCCCCAGGAGAGGGGCCCCCCAGAAGCCCUGCAUGUUGCCAGUGCGCUGCCCGCAGCCGGCCGGAGGGGCUGAGGAGCUGCCAAGGCAGCAGGAGCAGCCUGGGGACAGAGCCAGGCUGCAGGUGGGGACCCUGCUGGACCUCCCUGAGCCGGCCUCUCCCAGAUCCCCGCACAUGAAAAGGAGGCAGGUGGAUGAGGCGGGUGCCAGGUCGCCCCACCUGCGAAGGGUGUCAAAGACUCAGAAGGUGAGCGAAGAAACCGGGUGCAUUGCUGCCGUUCCCCUGGAGUCUCUGGAGCACGAAUGGCUGGUGAAAGCCACCGCCGGCCAGUGGUCCCAGCGGCUUCAUGGCCUCUUGCUGAGCGAUGCCAAUCUGGCAGGGAAAAGGGACUUCAUGUCUGGGUUUACAGCUCUGCACUGGGCAGCUAAGAGUGGGAACUGUGACAUGGUGGGGAAGGUCAUUGAGGUGGCCAAGAAAGGUGGCACUGAAAUUGAUGUGAAUGCCAAGUCCUAUGGAGGUUACACGCCUCUCCACAUCGCUGCCAUACAUGGCCAAGAAGAAGUCAUUACCACAUUGGUCAAGACAUACCAUGUCAAGGUUCAUCUGAGAGACUACAGUGGGAAAAAGCCACACCACUACUUAAAGGAAGGGUCCUCUUAUGCAGUCAGGCAUCUGCUGGGUGAUCCUGACCUUCACAACAGUGUUGGACAUGCCUUUCCAAUCAAGAAAAAUCCAAAAAUUGGUGCCUCCAUCUUGAGCUCCACCAGCACCUUCCUUGGAGUCUUAUCUGAGGACAUGCCCUUCUAUGAUCUAAGCAGGGGUCUGAAGAAGACUUCUUCCUUAAAUAAGCUCCUUAAUGCAUCUGCAGGCUCAAGGAAGAAGCCUAAGACUCGGGGGACUUUCCCGUCUUAUUCUUCUCUUGUCGAAGCCGUGGAGGAAGAGCAGGAGGAGGAGGCCACAGUGAAACACAGACCAGUUUCUGAGCUGUUCUUCAGUCACUAGUCUCUGUCUUCUUGAAAUCAAGUAAUGCAAAUAAUGUAUAGAAGUUUUCUUGGGCCCAGAUCCUCAUAGAUAUUUAGGCUCCUAACUCCCAUAGAAAUGAAUGAGAGUUAGGUGCCUAAAGAGCUUUGAGGAUCUAGGCCCUGGUCUUCUUUCACAGAAGCAGUCUGUGUCUUCUACCCCCCCCCCCCCCCAAAGGUGUUUUACAGUCCACUGUGUAGGGUCUGAAUUCAAAGCUCAUUAAAGUCAAUGGCAGUCUUUCCAUUGAUUUCAACAAAGAUUGAUCAGGCCCAUAGAAAACAAGAUUCUCUUAAAAAUGCCGUACCUACCUAUGUACUGAUGUGUUAAUUUAAUCCACAAAGACUCCCUAACUCUAUGCCUAAUGUCUGAAAUAGUGUAAAAAAAAAAAAAAAAGCAGCGUGGACAGGUUACAAGGCUUAACAUACAAUCUUCUUAAUGUACAAAUUCCUCCAGUGAGUUUCAGAGUAACAGCCAUGUUAGUCUGUAUUUGCAAAAAGAAAAGGAGGACUUGUGGCACCUUAGAGACUAACCAAUUUAUUUGAGCAUAAGCUUUCGUGAGCUACAGCUCACUUCAUCAGAUGCACCAGUGAGUUUGUAAUUCUUUGAGGUGGAAAGUAGGACUAGGGUAAGGGAUUGUUGCACAUUUUAUUUACACCUUGAUUUUAAGAUAGAUCAAACCUACUUUAAAAUGGCUUUUUAUCCUACAGGUUUAAAUAACAAGGUACAUAAUAAGGAAGAUGGAUAAUUCUGUAUGACAUUUCCAAUUAAUUUGGUAACAAAUAGAUAAUGACAAGGAAAAUCUGUUUGUUUUUUAAAAGACUAUUUAGCGCUCUAACUUUUUAAAAACAAACUUCUCUGCUAGAAAUGCUAACUAGCAACUAUUCUAAUUGUUGUCUAAUGUAUUUUACUAUGUGUAGAAUACAAAACCAUUUAUGCAAUGAGAAAAAGCAACCCUAGCCAAUUGAAACACUAACCUGUCUACCUCAAUUUAAAUGCUAGAUUACCAUUGUUGGCUUUAGUAUUUUUUUAGAACUUUCUGACCACAAAACAAAAGUUACCCACUAGCUAUUUUGAUAGUACUGUGAACUUUUAAGUGUGAUGGUAAUUUAACAAAUGAACGUUUAAAAGAAUCUAACAGACUUUUAAAAUGUAUGAUAGUGGGACAUUCAGGUGAAAAACUAACUACAGGGAAAUUUUCCUCAGACUAUAGAUUUUUAUAUAUGGAUAGCCAACUGGAAAUACAAGUUUAGGUGACUAGUUUUGUGUUGCUUGUCCUAUAAAUGUUAAGUGUUGUGUUUGACCCAAUUACAAUAAAGAGUUAUGAAACCAAGGUUUAAUGAUGUUAGGUAUUUCAUAACAAAAUGCCUGCAUGACCUCUACUAAAACAAUGUAUAUCUGAACAGUGUGGAUCAAUGACCUAAACCAUUUUUUUUCCCUUGUGCCUCUUCCUUCUGUCUGGAUGUUCACAUAGUUCAACGUAUAAUUCCAAAGAGCAUGUGAAUUUUGUGUUUAGUGCCAUGUGAUAUUUCCAAUGAGUGUAAUAAAGUUGGUUAAAGUAAAACUAACCUAAAUAAAAUUUCUUAAUGUGUCUGGU